AGAAUGAGACAGCACCAUUAUCCAUUAUCUACUUUGUGCAGACAUGACGAACAAUAUUGUGAUCAUUGGUUUGGUGUUGAUUCCCCUUAUCCACGGAGCAUUGGAUAGUAAAGGGAAACACUUCAUACUAACGUUCAUGGAAAACAAGAUACUGCAGCACACCGACAUUAAGCCUGAGAUCUUCAUCACCACUCCUAGCACCAAGAUUGUACACGUCAAUGUGACGUCACCGGGUUCCCAUAAUCCAAACAUAAAUGAGCACUUUACCAUUACACGCGGAACGGUUCAUCGGGUUCAGGUGGAUCCAAAUUUCCGGUUGAGCCAAACUGAACUGAGCACCAAGGGGAUAUUGAUCUCGGCAGAUGAGGAGGUGGUGGUUUAUGGAGUAAAUAGGGAGGUUUGGUCAGACGAUGCAUACUUGGCACUACCCACAGACGUCCUGGGGAAGGAAUAUUACACCAUAUCCUACUCUCCGUCUUUCCUUUAUUGUGAAUUCGCUGUUAUCGGUGUUCAUGAUCAUACUCAUGUCCACAUCAAACUGGCCAAUCAUCCAAACAUUUCUGUCAAUUUUAGAGGUCACACUUACCACCAAAACCAGUGGAUCAACGUGACUCUCAAUCGUUUUAGUACACUUCAGAUCAACUCCGUCGGAGAUUUAACGGGGACUCACAUCAUAUCCAGUAAAGAAGUAGGUGUUAUCAGCGGAAACAAGAAGACUUCUGUGGGUGACACUGGAAAAUCACGUGAUCACCUCUCAGAAAUGUUGUUGCCCGUCCAAGCUUGGGGUAAGAAUUUUGCUACAGUACCGAUCCCGGAUAGGGGAGUUGGCGACAUCUUCAGAUUUGUCGCCAGUGAAGAUAAUACAAAUGUCGACGUUAACGGAGUUAUUGAUGGUAAACCUUUCACGGACCACUUCGUAAUGCGCCACGCUGGGGACUAUGUCCAAAAGAUGUACAGCUCUAAAUUGUUCUCCCAUGUGGUGUCAGAUCAUCCCAUUGCUGUGUAUCAAUUCUCAAUGACAGAAAAUAAAGCAUGGAUGGAUCUAGCAGACCCCUGCCUAAUCAUGAUUCCUCCCAUAGAACAAUACGCAGCAGAUUAUACUUUCGCUACGCCGGAAUACUCCCAGGGUCAGUAUCAAAACUACUUCAUGUUUGUGGUGGACUCCCGGCAGACGGGAGGAAUAAUUCUGGACGGAAAACCACUGCCACAAAACCAGACUUACGUACAUAUCCCAGGCACUAAUCUAGCGGCAGGAUACGUCCAUAUCUCUGUUGGGACUCACAGCGUUACGCACAGCAACCCGAACACGGUCAUUGGCGGAAUCAUAUUCGGUAAAGCGGCAAUCGAGUCAUAUGGCUUCCCAAUUGGAUUGCUGACACAACCUGUCAAUUCAGGAUGUCAGGCCAGGAUGAUGGCUCCAGGUGACGAAAUCGACAACGACUGUGACGGCGAGGUGGAUGAGGAGGACUGUGAUGGACAAGAUAACGAUAAUGAUGGCAAGAUAGACGAAGACUGCAGCGGGACACCCUUAACUGUUAUUGGAAGAAAAAAAUAAAUCCAUAUUAUAAAAAUAAAUAUCAUAAAACUUUC